UGAGGUUGGCACGAGGAUGGGCGGGAGGCGGGGCCGGGGCCGGGGAGGGUGCUCCAGGGAGCCAGGCCCCGGGGUCGCGCCCCGAAGUUGGGGGCCCCGCGCACUGCGCCCGGGGGAGGUGGCCGCGGCAGGGCGGGCGGCUUUGUGGCGCGCGCGGGUUCCACCGCAGGCGGCGCGGAGGCGGGGCCCUGCACAGGCGUCCGCCAACCCCCCGCUUUCGGCCGGGCCGCGGCCGCCGCACAUGGCCGGCUCCGCAAGGGCCGGCUUCCCUGCGCACACGAAUAGCCGUCUGGAUGCGUUCCUGCGGAGGCGGCUGCCGCCAGAGGUCUACGACGCCAUCCGCGCCUACGAGCCGUGCAUCGUGGUGUCCGACUCGGAGAAGCACACCUUCAAGUACGUGGUCCUCAGCGAUCGGCUCAUCUACCUGACCGAGAACCCGCCCAAGUCCAUACGGCGAGCAGUGGCGCUGCGGGACGUCGUGGCCAUUGACCUGAUUGAUGAUUACCCACAAUUUCUGAGUCCACCAGACAGAGAAACCAACCAACAUAUUCGUAUCAUCUAUUCUUCAAAUGUUUUGAAAAAAGAGUGUGAAAAAUCAAAAGGUGUCAAGAAAUUCUCAUUUCCAUUUCAUCCAUCUCAUUUCCAUUUCAUUGCCGCUUCUAACAACAAAAAAGUUGAAGAAGAGAUUAAUGGCCCUGUCUUUUGGAGAGGCAAAGAGCCCCGAAGUUUGAAUGAAUCCUCUCUCAGGUACCACCAAGAGGUCAGCACACCAUCCACAGACUCAACCUUCUGUCUUCCUUCAGACCUCAAGGAGCCGUCUCUUCAUGGCCAAAGUGCCUUUCGACCCUUACCCACCCCCUCCAGGAGGAGCUGUCAAUCCACAUCAGCUAUGGGAAAGGUUGUCACCUUGCCAUCUUGCACAACCAACACGAAAGAACCCAAGGCACUGUCAGAUCACAACGGUUCUCUAAGUGAAGUCCCUUUAAAGGGCAAUGGGAACGGAAAUGAGUUUUACUCAGGAAAUUCCUCCCUGGCUUCCCCUUUACAGAGCAACCCAAACCUAGAGAAAAAGGCAUUGGAACUUCAUUUGUACAUUAUUUCUACAACCUCAUCGAUAUUUCUGCACUUAAAAAGUUCAUGGACCAAUUAUAUUAUAAAAGCUACUCUUUUACAAGAUCCCCUACGUGCUGGUGAGCUCAGUCCUAUCGGAAGUCAAAAGCCAUAUAGAUCUGAGGAGAAAAUCAAGCACUUCGGUCAACUUAAAUCUGAACUUUUCCUUAAAGACAAUACGUUGAGGAAGAUACUUUGUCUAAUUACAGAACUUAAAGUAGCAGCCCAGAAAAACUUCAUUCUGAAAAGGCUUUUCUGGAAAACCAGUGACCUUUUCUAUUUCCUAGUGAACAAACUUCAUGAGUACUUGCCAGAGUCUAGGGAUAAGAGCACACUUCAAAAUAGAAGCCAAAGGGCUGAUGAGCUGGUGGCAUGCAUUGAAAUUAUGCAGACUCUGGGACUGAUGUUCAGAGAAACAGAAACUGAGUCAUCACGCCUAAAGACAUUGGCAGCUAAGAAGGGAGCAUUAUUUAAUCUUUUGGUAAUAUUAAUUAGUGAACCUCAGAUUCCAAAAUCUUGUCCUGUGUUUGAUAUCCAGUUGGUGGCUGAUUCAACUUUAGUUGAGAUGUCUUUUGAUGCUGAGUUACAGAACCUUAUCAAGGAAUAUACAGAUACAGCUACGGCACUUUUAUAUGAGAUAUUUCUUGUCUUUCAGCAGGGAAAUCUUGGAUUGGGACCAGAAGAGUUUGCUAUUAGCUGGAUGAUGUCCUUCCUACAAAGUCGUCCUCCCUUCAUCACCUUCCUGGCCAGUAUUGUGAAACAGGUGGUAAAGGGGCUUGGAGCUUCAUUUCAGCCGCUGAGUCCCAGCCAAGCCGUUCUGCUGUAUCAGCAGUUUUACAUCCUCAAGAGCUGCCUGCAGUACAGCCAGACUUUAGCUGAGUAUAUUAGGAAUGACUACAGAGAAGAAUUCAGGUACUUUAUUCACAUGCCAGCCUUGGAAAAAAGGCUCCCAUUGUGGUAUCCUAUUACCCAACCUACCACUCAACUUUUUCAUGAAGUUCUGAAAUUGGUUGAACAGAAACAAUGUGUGGAACGUUAAUAAGAAUCUCAAAUGUUAAUCAGGAGUCAACCUAAUAUUUACGAGAAGACUUUUUUGACUUAUUUAAUAUCUGGCUAUCCCUGUGUCUUACAAACAGAUUUUAUUUAAAGGUUCCAUCAAUACCCGUAAGAGAAGUCUUUAAAUAGUCGUUUAUCUGCCACAAAAAAAUCAACUUUAAAUACGAUGACAUACGUAAAGUGAUGCUAAAAAAUGAGUGUUCCUCUCAAAAGAAGUUUCUAAAAAUAAAAAACUAUAAAGAAAACAGAGGCCUGUGGAGAGUAAAUGUAGAAAGUGCAACCUGAUGAGUUUGUUGCUGUGACAAUGGAGAGUGGUGUGAACCCACUGAAAUACCCAAAGAUAAACCGUGUGGGGACUAGAAAUUGCAAGGUGGUCAUGAGAGAAAUGCUGAGCAAUUAGGUAGACGCCCCUGCCUGUCUACCUGUAAAAAUUCCAGUGAAGUAAGUAUUCACCAGAGAAAGAGCAGAAGAACACAGGCACAGCUAGAAGAAAGGUCAGUUCUUCAUUUAUCAUGGGGAAGGAAGCUUGGGCUUUCUUCACAAUUAAAUGCAUUCUGGUGCUCAGUUUCAGGCACUCAUGGGCUAGUGUGAGACUCUCAUAGAGUCUCUGUGAAAGAGAAAAUUGUCUUUAAGCAGUCAUGGCUCUCCCAACCAUUUAAAAAAAUGUCUUCACUUUAUCUUAUGGCAAUAAACUAAUCCAACAAAAACUCAACUUUGGUGUCACCGUGAGCUGUUGAAUUUGGAAUUCUAAGAACUUAGGAAGUGGGUUCUCUAUUUUGACGUAUCAUGCCUUGAAAGAGGAUCUGAGAAAAACCCCAAAAAAGAGCCCGCAAGCCAGAUUUUUCUGUGCUGUGCAUUAGAGAGAGAAUUAAACUCACUGAAGACAUCUUAUUACUGGUUGUGGCUGAGCCAUUAACCAGGUAUUUGACCUUAAACAAGGCAGGUCUCCUUUCUGGGCUUCCUCUGCUAUGUGGAAGGGUGAGACAAGAUGUUCUCCAAGCUCUUAUCCAGCUCUAAACAUUCUCUGCCUGUGACAACAUGCUUCUUAACACUCUGUGAUGGGGUAGUGCAUUUCUCUGCUAUCCAGCUCAAUGGGUGAUUUCACGUUGAUUCCAAAUAAUCCUGCUUUCUUUGGACCGAAUGUUUCUCUUUCAGCUGUCACCAGCAUCACCCCACAAAGCAUCCAAGGCUCCUCCACUAUCAUCCAUCAAAGACUACAAGACUUCUAGUUUCUAAUCUGGAGGUGGAGAUGGGGGAGGGGGGGCAGAAUGGUGUUUAUGAAUGUCCUGAGCUUUUAGAUGAGGGAUUGCUCCCAAAAGACAGUCAGUCAAAAGAAGCUGAAAAGAUUCUUGGGAUAAAUGCAAGCAAUACUUCAAACUGGACUAAUGAUGGACAGUGGGUUGACUGACCCCUGGUGAAGGGUGGAACCCACAGAAUGACAAGAGGAUGAUCAGCUCUGCCUCAGCUUCUACACAGUGCCCCAGCUCUGGGCUAACAGCAGUGUUGGCUCCUGAGAGGGCCUGGGAUUCUCUCCUGCAUGUCUUAGACAGGUGCUUGAAGGGCUCCUUUCUCCCACCCACUGUUCUCUUUUCUCUAAGAGUAUACUUAAUCUCUGGGAGCCAAAGCUCUGUCAGAAUGCAUCUGAAUCUCUCCAUGUAGGACUAUGUCAGUGGCAUUUUUGAAAGCUAAUGGUUGAAUAAUUUGUCAUCCUGAUUUUCUUAUGACAUUUGUCUAUGCGUGUGCACAGUGUGGGAGGGCAACCCCAAAAUUAAUACAUACUUUAAACGGUUAUCUUUCCACAA